CGUCUGGUCAGGCAUGUAGUGUAGCGCGAAUCUUUUUACAAGUUCCAGUGGAAGCCACGCAUUUUUGUCUCCUUCUCGGCGUUGUACAGUUGAUAUGGAUCUUGUCCUGAGCGGAACAUAAGUGAGAUGCUUGGAGGUGUGGUGAUUUUUCAGCUCAGUUUCAUUGCCAGCGCUCUGGCGAGUACAGGUCUUCGGUUCACAGAAGAACCGGCCUAUGCUAUUUUCAAAAGAUGGAACGCGAGAAGAACAGGGAACUUGACUUUUCAUUUCAAAACGGAAAGCAAAAAUGGUUUUCUCAUUUACCAAGACGACAAAGGACAAUGCCAAUAUAUUUAUCUUUCUAUGGCAGACGGGCAGCUCAGAUUGCGCCUUAAAAUGGGAAACUGCGAGCUAACACAAACUCUACACGUCGGACACAAACUCUAUGACGGACGAUGGCAUAAAGUGACUGUCCAGCGAGACUCAGCAGUGACACGUCUUACAGUUGACAAUUUAAGCAAUAGCACGAUUUAUAACGGAAGAGUAAAGAAUCUUAUUGUUAAAAGUGACUUGAUCGUUGGUGGGAUCCCGUGGUCUACACAGUUGAAGUUGAAUGAUCUCUCUUUUCCACCUAUAUUCUACGAGGGCAAUCAUUAUGGAUUCAAUGGCUGCAUUAGCAGAAUAACUUAUAGUGUCAAAAGAAGGCGUACGAGAGAGGCGCCUCUGAAGCAAACCAAAGGAACAACACCAGGAUGUUUGGACCCUUGCUCCAAGACAGGAAAAUGCAAAAAUGGUGCACUAUGUCGUUAUACUUUCAUUGAGGCGCACUGCGACUGCAAAGGGACAAGGUUUGAAGGAACAAACUGCAGUGAAGAAACAUCAUCGAUCUGGCUUAAUGGAAGUGGUUACGUUGUUUUUCGCGCGAGACAAGAAGCAGAUUUCGAUUCGAAUGUAAACUAUUUAGGAUUUCACUUGAAGACUUCCUAUUACCAUGGUGUAAUCUUCACUCUUUUAUCGCAAGAUCAUUACCUCCUGAUCGAAAUGGUACAUGGGAAGCUAAAGGUGAAGUUACGCCUCGGACAAGUUCCGGUAGUUUUCUCAGGGAGGCGUGAGGUGAAUGAUGGCGAGUGGCACUGGGUCGAGUUCUAUCGGGAGCGUGAUGAUUUCACAUUAAUGAUAGACCAUGAAUGUAAUGAUACAAAGAAGGUGUCGUCCAGGUAUUUCAAACCUAAGAUGUUGUACGUCGCUGGAGGUCCCAGGAAUGUCUUAAUGAAGUCUGACUCGAAACAGAACUAUAGUGGCUACCUACAAGAGUUUUACUUUGGUAAAAAGAAGAUAUUUGACAGUAUCGUGCCCACAAUAACAGACAGAAGAUUUGCUAAAAUUGGAACUGUGAUCGAUGGAUCCAUAACAUUCGAGGGGAGUGGUGGGUCGGGGUGUUUAUUGCUCGGUGAUGACGAAGAUGAAGAAUGCCCAAAAACUGAAAUUUCCACAACGACUACAGUUGAACUGACUUCAACAACGACUCAACCUACAACUGAACAAGUUCCCAAGCCUGUGCCGACUGGAGUCCCCGCACUGAAGUCUCUCCCCCAAGUAGUGCCAUUUUGGGUUAUCUCGGCGAUAGUGGUUGUAGCAGCCAUUGCUAUUUCAGUGACAUUAUUUUUCUUGUAUCGCUGGAACUCUCGUUACAGUGGAUCAUUUAAACCCAAGUCUUCUUCGUCAAGUUGUAUGAGCUCACCAAAACAUGGCGCUUUUGUCAUCAAUCCUCGUAUCCAUGUCACAUUGCACGACGACAGAAUGUAAGAGUGUUCUAAAGUUUUGUCUCCGAAGAAAAAGUCUUACACGCUGAGUGGGAAUCACAGAGGAAGACAUUAGAUUGGCACAAAGGACACGGAAGAAAGAUUCUUUGAUUGUACAGCCGGCGUUGAAUUUAAGUAGCUCUCUUAAAGAGAAGAAUGCGUGAUAGAGAUAAAGCGGAGAUGGCGAUCCUUCUGCCCGCGGAGAGUAAAUUAACUAAGCGAGUUGCUGUGCAGCUUUCCAAUACUUUUUACUGGAAUACGACGAAAGAAACUAACCAAAUUAACUGGAAUGGACAAAGAUAUGUGGUUUGUGAAUCAGUGCUAUUCAAUGCCAUUCAGGUUUGCUAUGACAAGCUCUAUUUGGUAAUUCAGGGGACCACCUCUGACGUUUCAAGGAAUGUCAUAUCGUCGAGAACCAGAAGAAAUUAUACUGAAAACGCUAAAUAAAGAUUUCCCAUAGGUUCGACCUACAACUUUAAUAGGAUUAUGACUUGUUAUUGCGACGAGGAAAGCCUGUACAAUACAAUUACUCUGUUGGCUACAGUUUUAGUAGGUUGAAUAAUGUUUACAGUUAACUUGCACAUAAGUUCUAUCAAAGUUAAAGGUAGAACGUGUCACAAUUUUCCGAAGUGGGGAAGCUUAAUCUCUACAAAUUUGCAAUUCUUUGUACAAAAUUUUCACAAAAUGACUGGUGAAAUGAACCGAGUUAUGAACGUUUCAAUACAAACUUGAGUUUCAGCCGGUCUCAAAGUUAGAAGUUGAUUCAUUGUCCUUUAACUUCAAUGUGGCGCAAUUAACUCAUUUUUGCCAUAAAGAACAGCUUGCUGUAAGGUCGCUUUUAUAAUUGAGCUACAUCAUGUUAUCAGGUUGCAUAUUGAUUUCAUGACAAGAUUUAACUUUAACAAUUUAAGUAUUAAAUUUUAUUAUGUACAAACGUGAAAUUAGUAACAAGUUAUCGAGUGAGGUUCCAAGUACCACCAACCGAUCCUGUUUUCAAUAAGUUCACCAUUAUAAGAAGAUGAUAAGAAAACGAGAAGUCAGUCUUACAGUUUUUGUUUAAAUCUCUAUCCGCGCAAGUUUUUUGUUUUAACCAUGUACUGAAAACUGCUACUGCGUUAGCCGCCUAUUGGUAAUGUGACGUAUUCUCCCUGCGACCUUUUCUGUUUAUGCGAUCAAGCCUUGCUCGGUACUUUGAUGCUUACAGACUUGAUCUUAGGUAGAAACUUGAAGAAAUAUCAUAAAAGAACAGUGUGCAUGUCAUUGAACAUAAUAAUAGGCAAUCAAAGGUAAAAUAGUCGAUAGCAUUUGUAAUGACACAAACGGUAGCCUGUCCUUUUUUGGGGGUUGUGGACAGUAAAGGGAGGCAAAAAUAUGUAAAUCACCAUCAGUGGUGGCUGUUGAACGUUUAGGAUGGAAUCCCUCUUAGAAAAAUUCCCGCUACACCUCUGAGAGGGAUAAGUUGUGUUGUCAAUGAGAUCGUACGUCGAGGAAAGGAUGGCUGAAUAGUUUUAAACUGAAUUUUUCUUUAUUUGAUCAAUUUUUAAAAAUAAAUCGUCAAAUGAGAUGAUGCUUGUAGGGGCACUUGUUAGAAUCUAAUUAAUGAGAACCUGAAAUCAUUCAUGUACCCCCUUAAUACUCCAAAUACAACCGCUUUUGUC